ACCUGCCAUUUUUACAAGGAGCUGGAUGCCAUAUUUGGGUGUGACCCCACUGCCAAUCCGAGGACCACGAUGGAGAGUUCAGAGCAGGGAGAAGUGGGGGAGGGUGUAGAGGAAGCCGAGAGUGAGGCUACCGGGGUGGAGGGAGACACCUCGGAGUCCCAGGAGUCAUGCAGCCAGGAGCUCUUCUCAAGCCAGGAGGAAGCUAGCCAGUCGCAGCAGCUGGAACUUGUUGGUGAAGAAGCAGCAGAGGAGCGGGUUCCUGUGUCCUUGAAUCCUCUGGCCCUAUCACUGCCUGCGCGAAGACUACAGAACUUGAGGCGCAAACCAAGGAAAAGCAAAGAAGAUUUGGUGAAAGCAGUUAUGAAUCAGUAUGCCAGAGAGAGCAAGAGGCUGCAGGACUGGAGAGAGAAAAUGCAUGAGCGGAGGGAAACACAAAGCAGGAGAAAGGAAUUGGCUACCAAUAAAAGCACAAAGCAGCUGAUAAGCCUCCUGGCGCGCCAAACCGACUGUAUGCAGUCUCUCGUAGCCAUGCAGGCAGAUCAGUACCAUGCUAACCCCCCCCCCCCGCCAAAGCUCUCUCCCUUGUUCCUAAGUGUUUGCUCAAAACACCUUUCUCCAGCAGCCUGGUUCUUACCACCACCAGCUGCCCCCAACACCUGUACGUUCACCUACCAGCCCUGAGAACUACGACCCUUACCCUAUGCACUCAACCCCCAUCACCAUGCAGCAUAUUAAUCCUGAAGUGCAGCAGGCAUUGCACAGCAAUCCAGGCAGGACAUAUUCAAUACUCUGAAUGUACAGUCCAGGACCCUACCCCCCUGCCCUUUUAUGUACUGUAUUUUGAAUAAAGGAUUUCUUGGCUUUUAAAACAUUUUUUAUUAUUGCAGAAAGUGAGAAAUACUGUACCCCAAGGGAAAAACAGGCACAGCAAGUCAUUGUAACCACUGCACUUCACACCCGUGCAAGGCACCAAACAUUACUGUUGGCUUUCAGCCUCAAAUUGCUCCCUUAAGGCAUCCCUAAUCCUUGAAGCCCUGUGCUGGGCCUCUCUAGUAGCCCUGCUCUCUGGCUGUGCAAAUUCAGCCUCUAGGCAUCGAACCUCGGAGGUCCAUUCCUCACUGAA